AUGACAGAGCUCGACGAUUACAAGCGUGAGAUGGUGUUACUAUUCCUUCCAUUCCGUAGCGAGAUGUGUGAUGUGCUCGAUUGCAACAAGUUUCUACAGUUGUACGAUGAGCAUGAAACCUUCUUGAUGCAGAAAAGAAAGAUAUACGACUGCGAGUUGAACCUGGAACACACUGUCGAACAAUAUUUGCGUAUGUGUGGUAUGGAGGCUGAUCAGGAUCAGGAAGCCACCACGGACAAGCACGACGAGUACAUCCGGGCGAUAAACAUGAAUCCGAACGACGACGACAUACAGAACCUGCCAAUUCAUGCAUUGAACGCCGUGGUUAAACAGCGGUCCAAUGUCAUGAGCAAGCAGGCUUACUGUGAACUGGUUCGAGCCACGAAUCCUGAACAGCGUUCGUUGAUUCUGCACGUCAUCCACACAAUGCAUAGCUUCGACGAUAACGACAAGCCGAUGCAAAUCUUCUUCACGGGUCCGGCUGGUAGCGGCAAAACGUUCACCUUGCGAAUACUGAUGGAGACAUACAACAGGUUCAGUCAAGCACAUAAUGCACAGAACAACGCAUAUGUUGCUUGUGCUUCGACUGGCAAAGCUGCUGUUGCUAUUGGCGGAACAACGGUCCAUUCGGCUUUUCGUUUAACCAUGUCCCGCAGACAAAACUCCAAGCUGAGUUUUGAAACGCUCCAGCUGUACCGAAAUGCGUUUGCACAUGUUCAGGCAAUCAUCGUCGAUGAAGUCAGCAUGAUCGGUGCCAAUGUGUUAGAUACUGUUCACGCCCGGCUGCAAGAUAUUAAGGCGGAAUAUGACGAUCCAUUCGGUGGCAUGAACAUGAUUCUCGUUGGAGACUUCCGGCAACUUCCGCCGGUGAACGCUAGAUUUGUUUGGAAAAAUUCAGCAAAUUCUAUGCACGGUGCCGUACUCUGGCAAUCGUUACGAUACUUCCCUCUCGUCCGAGUCAUGAGGCAGAGUGACGAGCAGUUUUCUGCCGUACUGACGAAGAUUGGAAAUGGUGAACGAUUGACAGACGAAGAAACCAAGCUGAUCGAGAGUCGUUUCCGGACAGUGCAAUGGUGCAGAGAAAACGUCCCGAAUGCUGUACGUCUUUUCCACCGUAACAUCGACGUCGACCAGUACAAUAGCGAGGUACUGAUGGAAACGGACGGCGUGGACUGUAUAGCUGAAGAUGUGUUCUCUGGAUACCGGAACAAUGAGCAGCUAGUAAGUGCCAGGAACAAGCUUCAUAAGAUGAGUGUUGUGGAGGCUGGUGGCAUGCCUUAUCUGCUGCGUCUUACUCUCGGCAUGCCGUACAUGGUUACGACAAACGUUGAGGUAGAUGAUGGUAUCGUUAACGGUGCGAUCGGCCAACUCAUGCACAUCGAGCUGAAUGAAGAUGAACCAGAACAGCGAAUGAUUCGGCUUUGGUUCAUGUUCGAGAACGAAGCUAUAGGAGCGACACGAAGGGUAAAAUCCAGGCCCUUAGUGUGUUCAAAGCCAGGCGUCUUGCAGCCACAAUGGACACCGAUUACCAGGCGGUCCGCGAACAUCACCCUCGGUAGCAUGAAGUGCAAACGAGUUCAAUUCCCGAUAGUUCCGGCGUGCGCUCUAACGGUACAUAAAUCACAAGGUGGUACAUUUCCCCAAAUUGUGUACCGUUAUGACAGAGGACAGGAGCAACAACUUGUAUAUGUUGGCCUCUCUAGAGUGUCGUCUCUGGAGGGAUUGUUUCUGACUAAUGCCAAAGAUGAAUUCAAAUUCCACCAUGCAAAGGGAAGCGAUUCUCCGAAGAUGAAGGAACUUCGCACCGAAAUGCAGCGUUUGUCAAACCACCGACUAAGCACAAUUGCCGAUGACAUGAUGCAAUUCGUAGCUGGUAAAGCGAAACCUGGCAGGAGGAUAAUGGAGCAUUGUCCGGAAUCGCAGGAUACACAUGUGUUGCCCAAGCCAAGCGCUCUGGAAUGCGGGCAGCAGGAGUGGCCAUCUUCCAACGCGAUGCGGGAUCCACUUGUGCGAUUGCCCACACAAUGA